AAGACAGUCUUCUAGUAUAAACACUCACGUGCACAGGGCGGCCGAAAUGGAGUAAACACAACUUUUUUGUGUGUUUAAUACAGAGUGUGUAUCAUAUUUGUUAAGGUAUUGGAGAAGUAACAGACGCGGCGAUUAUUUCUGAACUAUUGAAAGCUAACGUUGCAUCUGUUUAAUCAGGACCUCAGAAAGCAAGAAAGAUAUAAAAGGGCCUAUCAAAUAUGUCCUCCCCCCAGUCAUAUUCAAGGCGGCAGUGGUGUUGUUACCUUUGCGAUUUGCCUAAGAUGCCAUGGGCUAUGAUCUGGGACUUUAGCGAGACUGUCUGCCGAGGCUGUGUGAAUUAUGAAGGUACGGACCGUAUUGAAUUUCUCAUAGAGACGGCAAGGCAGUUGAAAAUAACUCAUGUUAUGCAGGAUGACAGGUCCCCGUGUCCCCAACCCACUAAACAUGGCCCAGGUGGGAGAGAUGGACCUAUGGAGGGUGGCAGACCACUUCCUGAACGCUUUGAAAGGGGAAGAGGGGACUACGGAGCCCCAGCACGGAUCCCCAACGGUCUGCACAGAAUAGAUGACGGGGGCCCACAACAAGAACUCAGUGGACAAAGCCCUAACAACGCCAGAAGACCCAUGGGGGGUACCGUUCCGCCCAAUUUAAUGACACAAGGCCUUGUGGGGGCUCCACACGGGUUGCUAGCAGCUGUGCCUGGUUUAAAUGCCAGAGUCGGGGGAGCCCCCCUCACCCUCUCUGCCCCCAUGCUGAACGAGAUCACCAAGAGGCAGCUGAGCAUGGGCAUGAGUGUGGCCUCCUUCCUGAGCCCUGAGUUUGAGAAGGAGCUGAGGGAGAAGCAGAGGAACGCAGAGGCUCUGGCCGAGCUGUCAGAGAGUGUACGGAACCGAGCAGACGACUGGGCCGGCCGACCCAAGGCUGUACGAGGGGCCCUGCUCACCCUCUCCGGCUGCACCCCCUUCAACGUGCGCUUCAAGAAGGACCACAGCCUGGUGGGACGGAUCUUUGCCUUCGACGCCAAGCUGGCGCUGGACUUUGAGCUGAAGAUCUUUGCGGAGUACCCGUGCGGCUCGGGGAACAUGUUCUCCAGCCUGGCGGCGCUGGUCAAGCAGAUGUUCCACGAUAGCCAGAGAGACUCAGGGAGCAAGAUGGUCAACUCGGGCCUAAAGUAUGUGGAGUACGAGAAAAGGCAUGGCACGGGGGACUGGCGACUGCUCUCUGAGCUGUUGAGUGAUGCGGUAAGGGCCUUUAAGGACACCCCCGGCCCUGACGUUCUCCCCCAGCCCUACCUGGACGCCAGCUGCUCCAUUCUGCCCACAGCGCUGUGUCACAUGUCCCGCUCGGCACCGCCAGUCCGCGGGCGCCGGAGGAAGGCUUCCCCAGAGCCCCAGGGUGGAGAGGUAUUGACCACAGAGGAGCAGCUCCGGCAGCACUGGCCCAUGGGGAUGUACCCGGGAAUGGCUAUCCACCUAGCUGCCUCCUCCUUCCCCAGCGUUAGCCAGCCACCUCCCCACCAGGAGGGCUCGGCCUCCCAUUCCCACAGCAGCGACCCCUCCCCCAUCACAGCACUGAUGAGCGUGGCUGAGUCACCCAGAGAGGCCCCUAGCAGCAGCAGUAGUGGUGGAGGCCUGGGCCACUCCUCCUUGGCAGUGAGGCAGAGCAGCAGCAGCCCCAUGGCGGCCUGCCCUGCGGGGCAGCAGCGGCGCCUGGCCUCCAGGAAUGGGGAACCUCAGGGAGCCAGCAACUCUGCAGGGGGCACCACAGCAGCUCUCCCCCUGGCUGGGGCCUCGGACCAAGGAGCAGGGGACCCCUCCGGCUCCUCUGGUCCCCCUCUCUGCUGCACCAUCUGCCACGAGCGCUUGGAAGACACUCACUUUGUCCAGUGCCCCUCGGUUGCGGCCCAUAAGUUCUGCUUCCCUUGCACCAGAGACUUCAUCCGGAGCCAGGAGGCAGGCAGCGAGGUGUUCUGCCCCAGUGGAGAGCGGUGUCCCCUGGUGGGCUCCAACGUGCCCUGGGCCUUCAUGCAGGGAGAGAUCGCUACCAUCCUGGCUGGAGACGUCAAGGUGAAGAAGGAGCGCGACCCCUAAAUCCUCUGGGACAGCUGACUAAGGCUGUUGACGCCUGAGUGGAGCUGGAGCCUGCAGACAGAUAACGACAAUCUCAACAGGUUCUCCCCACCUCGCAGCCAAUCACCACGGAAAUCCACCAGGUUCUCCCCAACUCACAGCCAAUCAUCAUACACAUCCACCUGCAUGGAGCAGGCCUUACACUACCACUUCACUGUCUGGUUGGUUAGGGGGGUGACGAUACCCCCAGCCCCAGCUCACCUCUAAUACCUAAUUCACCCCUAUGUCCCUCAAACAUCAACUUAUAUACAUUAGUAUUGGUCACUAGUAUUAGUCACUGAAGUUAUAAACCAGUGGACCAUGGUUGAGAAGUAUAAACUUCAUCUAGCCUCUGUUCUAGGUGAUUAUAGGGCUGUUGUUUUCUGUUUCAUUGAACAUCUUUCUAACAGAUUUCUGAGUGUCAACGUGAAAGAGGGACGACUUCACUACAUGUUACAGCAACAUACAGACUAGAAGUGUUUUGUUUUGCGCCACAUUUUGCGCUUUACGUUUUAAAAAACUGACUGUCACGGAGCGAAUUGUUUGCUCCUUGUUGAAACCUCAGACCAGCAGCAGUUGACGUCUGUCGCGCCAUCGAUAUUAUAAGAGAGCAACGGUGGCUUUCAGUGCUAGACGAUACAGUAACAUGGCUUUCACAGUGCCCAACAAAGACGCUUUUAUCCAGCAUGUAUGAAAUGGGAUGGAUACCUCUCUAUUUUAUACUGAAUGUUCGAAUGCAAGACGAUCUUGCUCCGCGGUAAUAGAUGUGCAAUCUAUAGUUUUGAGACCAAUACAGCUUGUGGUGUGUACCACUGAGUAGCCUAAACACGUGCAUCGAAACCAAAGAUUCAUGCUGAAGUAAAUGUACAGUGCCCUAUAGAAGAUCUACCAUUUAUAAUCUGUUUGUGUGAUGUCUGUCUGGACAGAAGGCUGUUGACGCCUGAGUGGAGCUGGAGCCUGCAGACAGAUAACGACAAUCUCAACAGGUUCUCCCCACCUCCCACAAAUUUGUGAACUUUUUUCAAAUGUUGGUGCGUUAGGAAGUAGGAUGGCGAUAGAUUUAUAAAAAUCUUUGUUUGAUCUACAGAAAAUACACCAUUUAAUGUCAAAGUGAAGGGGGGGGGGGCGUCUAAAAAAUGUUUACAAAUGAAAUCACUAAAAUAUAGUCGUUGUAUAAGUUUCACCCUUUUUGUUUAGGCAAGCCUAAAUGAGUUCAGAAGCUUGACACAGGCAAAGACUGGGGAGGUUUUCAGGAAGAAAGGGAAAUGUGUUGGAGCUAAGCACGGGCAAAAUCCUAGAGGAAACCUGCUUCAGUCUGUUUGUACACCAGACACUGGGAGAGGAAUUCACCUUUUCAGAAAGACAAUACCCUACAACACAAAGCCAAAUCCACACUGGAGUUGCUUACCAAGAAGACAGUGAAUGUGACCAAGUUGCAGGUUUGACUUAAGUCUGCUUGAAAAUCUACGCCAAGACUUGAAAAUUGCUGUCUAGCCAUGAUCCCCAACACCUUGACACCUUGACAGAGCUUGAAGAAUCUUAUUUUUUAUUUUCUACUUUGACAUUACGGAGUAAUAGAUUGUUGAUGAAAAAUGACAAUUUCAAUCCCACUUUGUAACGCAACAAAAUGUGGAAAAUGUUCAAGGGGGUGUAGACUUUUUGUAGGCACUGUACAUUUCAAAACUAAUCUUAUCCUUUAUGUGUUAAAUGUCUUUAUUAUUUCAAUAUGUGCCAGGGAAAUAGUGGGUGAAAUGGUUAUUGUUAGGAUAGUUAUAGGUUCUGUUAACUGAAGUUGUAGAGGGUGUAGAUUAAACUAAUAGUUUGGUGUUUAAUUAAAGGAAUUUACUAUUCAUGUAAAGUCAAAGGUUUUUUUCUAUAUAGAUUGAGAUUCAAGGUUUGUUUCAUGUGAUCCUCAUGAAAUAGGAUUUUUUUUAUUUUAUUUUAAUAAGUUCUAUAAUAUCCCAAUUUAAUGCUCUGUUUUUACCUAUGAACUUAACUCUUUGAAUUGUCUAAAAUAUAAUAUAUACAUGUAUAUCAAAAUAAUUCCCUGUCAGGUUUUCCUUAACCUUUUGAUGUUUGUCACCAAAAUGAAUAUAUGAAUUUAAUGAUCAAUUUGCAAAGCUAGUGCCAAUCAAUACCCUAGCAUGCGCAUGUGUUAAUAUGAAAUGAGGACAAUGCAUCAAGCCAUUGCCAAUCACGUGGGCAUGAAUGUAUACUGUACAAACAUACGUAUUGUACACUAGUAGCUGUAUCUGAAAGUGUAUUUAGUACCAAAAUUAGGCCUAGGCCUAUUUCUUAUCUAAAAUAGGAUACUGUAAUUCAAAUGUAGCCAAUACAACAAAAAAUGAAUUUCCCACAGAAACACUAUGUUCAUGCAACUUUCCUCAAGUGCCUUUAAUGGCAUCCUCUGUCUGAAAGCACUUUUUAAAAAUCCCUAUAAGUCUAUUCACUUUUGUAUUUGGCCACUAAAUUAGUAAGGAUUGUCUUGUGCCAGCCUUUCUAUUAUUCUGGUCCUGUCUGCCAUGGCCUCCUGUUGAGUUGUUUUUGUAGUUGCUUAUCUCAACACAGUUUAAGGGUAAAGCUUGUAUUCCAACUCUAUAUAAACUUUUCGUUUCAUAUCGUUUCGUUUCAUAUGAUUUGUUUUGUUCAUUGGAUGUAAAUGUCACAUUUUAUUUGCUAUUUCUCAUGAAGCUUCUAGGUAAUUGACCAAAAAUUUGAAGCGUACAUAAAUAAAUAAAUCAAAAAUACUACCACGGUGUUAUAACUGUGUUGCAAUGAAACGCUCGAUGGUCAUUGUCUUGCUAUGUCCAGUAGAUGGCGCACUUUAACCUGUGCAGAUCUUGAUUUUAGAGAUGUGUUGUGAACAAAAAAAUAAAUCAUCUAGGCGGUCGUCUAUAUUGGAGGGAAAUGGCACAGUUGCCGAUUAAUCAAUUAGAUGGCUUCUUAUUUGACAUCGGCCAUAAUUUCACUUAGAUAAAUGUGUUAUUUUAUCUGAUGUUGUAGUCAUUUGUUUUUCAAUGUAUUUUACUGUAGGCAUACACUUCUUUAAACACGCUUAAAGGUUAGCGUAAUUGUACAACGCCGCCUACCAAGAUAUGGUAGAGGGCGAAUCGUAACUCCCCCCACUAGAAUGCAUAUUGAAAUCUCUGGCUUCCUCUAUUAGUGUCAACUCAUUAAAGCUAUUGUUAGCUAAUCGUUGAGGUGUUAAUGAACGAUCUACUGUCACAUUGGCAUUAGAAGCGGCCGACCUGCAGGAGGAUGUAGGGAUCUGUGAUGGGGGAAUAGACCAUUUAAAGGCAAAGGAUUAAUGAGGAAGUAGUUCUCUGCUCAUUACUCAAAUGCGUUUCAGCGCGCGCAACAUAUUCCUCCAAAGCUCUCCAUAUUGUAGAACCAUUUUUUUGAACGGGUUAUCUAUAUCUAUCGAAAUAGCUGGCCUUCGAUUCAAGACAAUUGAGGUUAGCUAUAUGUAUUUGGCCAUGGGAAACAGUUCAAUUAAAUUUUGGGCCAUGCUUGAAUAUAAUUAAAUUUUGGGCCAUGCCUGAAUAUAAUUGUUCAAAUCAGUGCUAAAAAUGUGUUGCUUAUAGAUACUUUAAUCACGUAGGUAUAUACUUGGUUAGGAAAGCAUUGUUCUAUAAAGCUUCAUUACUAUCAUUACAGACAGCCAUGUGUUAUCCCAUUGAAUGUGUUAAUCGACCUGACAACGUUUUGCAAGAAGGCGCAAAUCGUUGGACGUGUUCAGACCAUUAGGCCUGAUCGAGAUCAAGCUUUUGUUAUAGUCCUGCUUAUAUUACUGUGAAAUCAAAAAAGAUGACUGAAUAAACGGAUUCUGUUGUUUUGAAACUUUUAAA